AUGGAGGUGCAGGGCGAAGACCUCGACCCGACAACGUUCAGACCCAGUGAGUGGACCACGAUACUCCGCGCGUACAAGGGAGGCAAACCAAGCCCGGAAGCGCUGGUUGUGCCCCCUCAUGCAGCCCCUGUUCGAGACAAGCCUGCCGCGCCCACCGUCGGUGCUCCGGCCGACACUGCCCCUGCGACCUUCAAGCCGACAUACCGUGCUCAACAACAACAGCUGCGCGUGACGCACGCAAUCGCAUUGCGAACGAGGACGUGGCAUAUCCUCAAGGCUCUCAUAGAUCCGACCAAGACCAAGGCAGCAAACAACAAAACCAUCUACCGGUUCAUCCACCAGUACGAGGGACCAGACUCCGAACUCCUGGAGAAGGUACGUGUUAAAUGCUUCGGGGACACAAACCCAGCAGCUUACGCAGAGCGCUACCGAAGAAGAGAAAACGUUAACCUGGACAGACCCAUCACGCGAGAAGAGGUCUACGCAGCGAUUCGAAACACAACCAGAAACACGGCCGCGGGUGCAGACAAGAUAAAUAACGCACUCAUCCGCAACCUCAGUGAAGAGUUAGUCGCAGAAUUCACCGAUUUUCUCAACAAACAUUGGGAAGCUGAGACCGUCCCCGAGGAGUGGAAGCAUGCGGAGGUAGUGAUGAUUCCUAAACCGGGCAAGAAACUGCAAAUUGAGAACCUCAGACCGAUCUCGCUCACAUCUUGCCUGGGAAAACUGUACGAACGAGUGGUGACGCUGAGACUACAGCAGUACAUGGAGGACAAGGAACUGCAUCCCCACAGCAUGUACUUCAACGGACACCGGCCGGUCAUUCUUACGGCAGACUUGGAACUUCUGAAGAAGGUUCAAAUCAAAGAUUUCCACGAUUUCCCUGACAGAAGCCUCUUGGUUCUAGAAAAACGACCAGGUGGGCCCAUAGAGAAAAGCCUUAUCCAGCUCACUUCGACUCGUUGGAAAGAAGUGCGCAGCGUUUUGACACCGUCAUUCACAAGCAACAAGCUUAAACUCAUGUCUCCGGGAGUUAUCUCAGCCGUGGAAAAGCUGGUGACGAAGAUCGACCACAAGGCAAAUACGGGAGAGGAGUUCGAUGCGGCCGACAUGUACGCUGCACUCGCCCUAGACGUGAUCUGCAAGAGCGCCAUGGGCAUCGACUACAACCUGCAGGACCAUCCGAGGCACAGUUUCCUUCUCUGCUGCCGCAUGCUGUUCGGAUGCGCCUUCAACGCCUUGGCCGUGCUGUUCACUGCAUUCCCGGGUUCAUUCGACGUGCUAGAAAACAUCAAUUUCCGCCUCCUGCGCUAUCAGAACAACGGCGUUCACCCAUUCGAAGAGGUGCAGGGAAAGUGCAAGCGAAUUGUGCAACAGCGACAAGUGGACUCCUCGCUGCGUCGAAAGGACUUGCUGCAGCUGAUGAUCGACGCGAAGGAUUCGCGCGUCGACCUGGGUACGGUAACCAACACUCAACUCACCGCUGGCGAACAGAACGACCAAGAAUUGCCCAACGGAGCCGCAAAGCACGCUGCCAACGGAAAACUGCCCACCAUCAACAAGGCUGUCCUGGACGAUGACGACAUCACGCAAAAUGCGUUCGUCGUGCUCGUUGCGGGAUUCGAGACCACGAGCAACACCAUGGCCUUGGUGACGCACAUGCUUGUUCACUACCCGGAAGUGCAGGAAAAAAUGCGAAGUGAACUUUUUUCGGUUCUGCAACCCGACGAGCCCAUCACGUACAACACCAUACAAAAUCUGCCGUAUAUGAAUUGCGUCUUUACGGAGACAAUGAGGCUCUAUCCUCCGGCAUUUGCGUUCGUUACACGAGAGGCCACUGUUGAUAAACAGUACGGCAAGCUUCGCAUACCCGCCGGUACGGCUAUCAUGGCGGCCGUGGAGUACAUACACAGGGAUCCACGACACUGGGAAAACCCGGACAAGUUCGAUCCUGACAGGUUUUUGCCGGAGAACAAGUGGAAGAUCAACACUAUGGCCAUGCAGGGCUUCGGCAACGGUCCGCGUAACUGCAUCGGCAUGCGCUUCGCCCAGAUGGAGCUGCGGUAUACGUUCGCGCACAUUCUAAGGAAAUAUCGGCUCGAAAAGACGGAAAACAGCGAGGUGUGCUACGUCAUGUGGGAGCUCGUUGUAGCCACCGUGCUCCUUUUCGUCGUGCACUGGCUCAUGAAAAGAAGAGAACACUUCAACUUUUUCAAGAAUCUCGGCAUACCUGGACCAACACCAAACAUCAUCUUCGGAAACAUGCUGGAGAUGUACAAAAAGUCACCAGUCAAGGCUUAUCGGGAGUGGAUCGACAAGUACGGUGACGUGGUUGGAUACUUCAACGGAUACCGUCCCGUUAUCCUCCUGGCAGAUCUGGACUUGCUCAAGCAAAUUCAGAUCAAGGACUUCCAAGACUUUGCCGACAGAGGCCUCCUGUUCCAAGCUAAGCGCCCUCCAAGCCCGCACAACAAGGGCCUCCUGCAGCUCACCUCUACCCGCUGGAAGGAAGUGCGCAGCGUGCUCACCCCUUCCUUCACCACCAACAAGCUCAAGAUGAUGUCUCCGGGCGUCAUCUCGGCCGUGGAAAAGCUGGUCUCCAAGUUCGACCGCAAGGCGGAGACGGGGGAGGAGUUCGAAGUGGGCGAGAUGUACGCUGCCCUGGCCCUGGACGUGAUCUGCAAGAGCGCCAUGGGUAUCGACUACAACCUGCAGGACCACCCACAUCACGGCUUCCUGGUCUGCUGUCGAAUGCUGUUCGGCUGCGCGUUCUCCUUCAUCGCCGUGCUACUCACCGCGUUUCCGGGUUCCGCGGCGCUGCUCAAGUUCAUCAACCAGCGUUGGCUCCGCUACAAGAACAGCGGCGUGCACCCUUUCAUCGAGGUGCAAGAGAAGUGCAAGCGAAUCGUCGGUCAGCGACAGCAGGACACGUCGCUUCGUCAAAAGGACCUGCUUCAAUUGAUGAUCGAUGCAAAGGAAUCCCGCGUCGACCUCGGUUCCGUCACGUCAACCCAACUGACGGCUGGGGAAGAGAACGAGCAGGAACUGCCCAACGUAGCCAGCUCAACUGCCGAAAGCGCCAAGGGCAACGUGUCUGUCUUCAACAAGGCUGUGCUGGAUGACGACGACAUCACGCAGAACGCAUUCGUGGUUCUAGUGGCAGGAUUCGAGACCACGAGCAACACCAUGUCGCUCGUGACUCACAUGCUGCAGCACUACCCGGAAGUGCAGGAGAAGAUGAGGGAGGAGCUGUUCUCCGUCCUAGGAUCUGAUGAGCCUAUAACGUACAACACCAUCCAGAAACUCACCUACAUGAACUGCGUCAUUCAAGAGACGAUAAGGAUGUACCCGCCAGCAUUCGCGUUCGUGACGCGGGAGGCCGUGGUGGACAAAGAGUACGGCAAGAUUCGCAUCCCCGCCGGCACGGCUGUAAUGGCGGCCGUCGAGUACAUUCACAGGGAUCCGAGACACUGGGAAAACCCGGACAAGUUCGAUCCUGACAGGUUCCUUCCUGAGAACAAGUCGCGGAUCAACACCAUGGCCAUGCAGGGCUUUGGCAGCGGCCCCCGCAACUGCAUCGGAAUGCGAUUCGCCCACAUGGAGCUGCGGUACACGUUCGCGCACAUACUACGGAAGUACCGGCUCGAGAAGACAGAAAACAGCGAGAAGAACCCGCCGAACAUUGAGAUGAACCCGAUCAUACUCAAAAUCAAGAACGGCGUCAAGGUCAGGGCCGUGCCACUGUGAUAACCAUUCACUAGACACCUGCGACGUGCCCAUGAGAACGCCGCAUUUCCGCUCGUUUCAAACCUUCGCGGGGAUUGUACUUCAAGUACGAAGAACUGGAUUUUAUCGCGCGUGCGACCAAAGCGCCGCACAACUUUCUCCGUACGAACCAACAACACUUUCGUGAAGCACGUGCAAGAACUGUGAUAUCUGAGCCAGAGCGCUUAAAAAAUGCUCGCUUUGUGCCAAGUAGAACACGUGAGUAAUUUACAAGUGUUCAAUAAAAAAA